UUUACAAUAUCGACUUUGGCCAGAACCUUACACAGACCUGAGAAAGACAGAGUGGACGGACAGCGGACAGGAUUAGCAGCAGUGCCUGAGAUGGACCCUUCUCUGAGGCAUGAUAAAUGUGAACAGGCCAACAGCACCAAACAUCUGAGCAAGCAGAUCCUUGCCAUUAUUGCUGUUGGUUCCAUUAUUCUUGUCGGGCAGUAUUCCCUAUGGCCAACAUUACAACCUUCCUAUCCAAUUCCAGUUAACUUCCAGAUGCAGGAGGCAAAGGUCAUCAGUUGGACAAAUUGGUCAGAUUCUACCACACUGAAACCCAUCAAGACUACAAUCAUUCUGCUGUGGUAUUGGCCCUUUGGCGAAUCGGGCAGUGUAUCUGGCAAUCAUUGCAAUGAUAAAUAUGGCAUUCCCAACUGUCAUUUAGUGACCGAUCAGUCCUGGUUCCCCAAAGCAGACCUGGUUGUCUUCCACAACCGUGAGUUGGUCAAUGGACAGCGUAGGUUACCCCUGAAUCUGCCUCGGCCAAAAACCCAGAAAUGGGUUUGGCUAUCCUUGGAGAGUCCACCGCACAAUGGAAAUAUGAGGCCCCUCGCCGGUCACUUCAACUACACCAUGUGUUAUCGCCGGGACUCAGACAUUUACGCGCCGUAUGGCUGGCUUGUGCCAAGCAAAGCUCCUAUUGGCACAACUGUUGAUGACUUCAUACCAAAGGGCAAAACUGGUCUGGCCUGUUGGAUCGUGAGCAACUACCAGGCUAGACAUUUGAGGACACAAGUGUACAACAAGCUGAAAAAUGUCAUCCCGGUGGAUGUGUAUGGAGGAGCAAGAAAUAAACGUAUCUCUGCUGAUACUGUCCUACCCACAAUAUCUCGUUACUAUUUCUACCUCUCCUUUGAGAACAGCGUUGCUACAGACUACAUCACGGAGAAAGUUUGGUCAAACGCUUUUAAGGGUGGUGCCAUACCAGUGGUUUUAGGCCCGCCACGGGAACAAUACGAGGCAGUCUUGCCAAAGAACUCCUUCAUCCAUGUGAAUGACUUCAGCACAGUAGAGGAACUGGGCCACUUCAUGAAGACACUGGCUGCAGAUAAAGAGCGCUACGCCACCUACUUCGCCUGGCGUCUGAACUAUACCGUUGGUGGUCUUACAGGAUGGGCGGAGAGACUGUGCAAUGUCUGCCCAAUUCUUAGCAGUUUGCCUACAUCAAAGAUAUAUAAGGACUUACAUGGCUGGGAUUGGCAAUGAAAGCUGGAGGAAAAAUGUGUAAAAAAGUGCUACUGGUAGCCUAUGCAAUCUCACUUGACUUUAAGGCACUUUUAGACAUAUUGGCACCUUCUGUGUUCUUUUAAAGAGUGUUUGUUCAAUAACCACUCAGGUAUACAUAGUAGCCAAUACUGCUCUUUGAAAUAGGGGAAAUUGGCACAAAUUCAGUCAAUUAUUACUUUAGUAUUAUUAGGCUACUAUAUUGUCCUUGAGAUGUCAAUUAAAGUUACCCACAAGCCCUUAACCCGGUUAAGACAAAUUGAGACAUGGCAAACAGAUGGCUUUUUAAUGACAGCACUUCCAGGGAAGUUGAAAAUAAUCAAAUUGGCUUUUAAAAAUCAGGUAAACAUUACUAGCUUAGUCUAGCUGCCACUUCACAUAGCUCACAAGUUAGCUGGCUAGAGAUUUCCCCUCUUCACAAUCUAUCUUACAGUUUUUUUACGAUCGUUUACACACUAAAUUAAAAACUUCCACACAAUUUGCAAAAUUCUACUCCAAGGAGCAAAACACCUUCACAGAUUUGCACAGCAUUACACACAAUGUCUGCUUCACCCUUUUUGCAAAACAUUACACACAGUGAUUUGUAAAACUCGUGUGUUUGUGUACGUGAGAGAGAAAGAGAGAGAGAGAGAGAGAGAGAGAGAGAUGUCACAGGCUGAAUUGGCUCUUCUAGAUCCUGAGCCGGGUUCCCCUGUCCUGCUACCUGUCACCCUGCGCUGGGCGUGCGCCACGCCCACUGCACCCACUCCCUGGCUCUCCUGUGAGCUCUGCUGUUGGCACACCUGUGGCUGAUAAGUGAAUCAGCUACACAGGAAAUUUGAGGAAAUCAAAUUGAGGAGAAUUUUACUCUAUGCCAGAUAACAUGUGGUCCAUCUCUGAAAAGAGUAAAAGUUACUCUUUUGAUAGAGCUGUUUUUCCAGAGUCAAUUUUCUUCAAUUCAGUAAUUUUAUUUUGUUCUUUUUAGUGAUAUUUUUUUAAAAUAUCUUAAAGUGCCCAUAUUAUGCAAAAAUCACUUUUUCUGGGAUUUGGGGUGUUAUUGUGUUUCUGGUGCUUCCACGUUCAUACAAACUUGGAAGAAAAACCAUCCAUGCUGUUUUGAGUGAGAUACAGGUUUCAGAAUUGCUCCCGCCUUCAGCCUCUGGAUCGAGAAGGAAUUCUGCAGGAUGAAGCUGAAGCUAUUGCAGUCCACAUUCCUGGGCAAGUUGGAUGAGGUUGAACACACACCCAAGCUGUUGAGCCUGUACAGGAGGAAGGGUGGAGCCAUUGGGAAGAAACUUGACGAGACCCUUGACAUGUUAA